UUCUGGGUUGACGGCACCUCCAGAGUUGAGGCUGCUUUGAGUAGAAUCCUCAAGCUUGGCCUCAGAGUACUAUGAGUCUUUGGAUUCCAGGAAUAGAGAGACCAGCCUUGGAUUUACUCUCUUCAUAUUGCAUCUCGCUUCUGCUUUCCAUCGAGCUUGGAGGCUCUGCAGUGGGAGCUCAACAUUGAAGUCCAGGUUGACAAUUUGCAAGUCAAAGACAACAGAACUGGACCAAGAAAGUUCAUAACUUUUUGCUUCUGUUUCUGCUAAGAUGACAUCCUACAUGGCUAUUGAUGGCAGUGCUCUUCAGGUUCCCUUGCGUCAGAAGCCGAGGAGGAAAACUCAAGGUUUUCUCACAAUGAGUCGGAGGAGGAUAUCAUGUAAAGAUCUGGGCCACGCUGACUGCCAAGGGUGGCUGUAUAAGAAAAAGGAAAAGGGAAGUUUCCUAAGCAACAAAUGGAAAAAGUUCUGGGUGAUGCUGAAGGGGUCGUCACUGUACUGGUAUAGCAAUCAAAUGGCAGAGAAAGCUGACGGAUUUGUCAACCUGCCUGAUUUCACUGUGGAAAGAGCAUCUGAAUGCAAGAAAAAGCAUGCUUUUAAGAUCAGCCAUCCACAGAUCAAGACCUUUUAUUUUGCAGCUGAGAAUGUGCAGGAAAUGAACGUGUGGUUAAAUAAACUUGGAUUGGCUGCAAUCCAUCAGGAAUCCACUACAAAGGAUGAAGAAUGUUACAGUGAAAGUGAACAGGAAGAUCCUGAAAUAGCUGCGGAGACACCACCCCCUUCUCGCUCUUCCCAGACUCAGUCUCCUUCAGUAUGUACCGAUGCUGCGCAGCAGGCAUCUUCAUCCUCACCCAGCCUGAGUGGAACAUCAUGUUCUUUCUCUUCCCUGGAAAAUACAGUGAAGACACCCAGCAGUUUUCCUUCCUCCUUAUCUAAAGAGAGACAGUCCUGGCCUGACACAGUUAACAGUUUGUCUGCUGCUGAAGACGAGGGACAACCAAUAACGUUUGCUGUGCAGGUUCAUUCACCUGUACCUGCAGAGACAGGCAGCCACAAGGUCCCGGAAAACAGCUUUGUCACAUCAGAAAGUGGAUUUUUGAACUCUUUAUCUAGUGAUGAUACUUCUUCAUUGAGUAGCAAUCACGACCAUCUUACUGUCCCAGAUAAGCCUGCUGGAUCAAAGGUCAUGGACAAAGAAGAGACAAAAGUGUCUGAAGAUGAUGAAAUGGAGAAGCUGUACAAAUCAUUAGAGCAAGCUAGUCUAUCUCCUCUUGGGGACCGGCGACCUUCCACUAAAAAGGAGUUGAGAAAAUCCUUUGUUAAGCGGUGUAAAAAUCCAUCCAUCAACGAGAAACUCCACAAAAUCCGAACGUUGAAUAGCACAUUAAAGUGUAAAGAACAUGACCUGGCCAUGAUUAACCAGUUACUGGAUGACCCGAAGCUGACAGCCAGGAAAUAUAGAGAGUGGAAAGUCAUGAACACCCUGCUGAUCCAGGACAUCUAUCAGCAGCAGCGGGCCACCCCUGCCCCUGACGACAGCCCCCAGGACCUCAAGGAAUCACCUUCUUCUCCCUGUGUUGAAAAUUCCAUUUGAGACAAAAUCAGAAUUUUCUCCUCUUAUAUUUUAUCACAAGCAACUCUUCAAUAUGUUGCAAAACCUUACAUUUUUCCUUAAAAGGAAAACUGAAACCCAGUCCUUCAAGCAUCAGCUCUCCAUCUAAAGAUGCACUUUAGAUGAAGAUAAUCCCCAAAUACAGCAGGUCCCUUCGUUCUGGUCAUAACGUAUCCAUUGAGAUUGGAAUGAUUGAGUUCAGUUGAAAGGCAUUUUUUGUGUUCCUGCUGGGAGCUCACGGUGAUGCAGGGAUCUAGGUGGGAUGUGAGAAAUGUAUCUUCUAUUCCUUGCUCUCCAGAGAAUGCUAUGGACAGAAAUCAAAUUUUACCAGGAAUAAUUGUCCUUGGAAACAUUCUGUUUUUCAAAAGAAGACGAUAUGAUUCCACCUGGCUGAGCAGCUGUGUUGCCCAAAUCACUUUUUGAGUAGAGGAAUGUUUUCUAUAGCAGUGACUGGAAGGACAGACGUCAUUUGCAGAACAAAAAUUCCUCGUCUUUCGUAUAGAAUGGUGGUGCCUUUUCCACGUGUUGAGAAAUACUUCAUAGACAGUGGCGCGUGGGAGAGCUGAAGGAUGGGGCAUGUUCCAUAUUCCGCUCACUCAAAGGACAGCUUGGUGUUUUCACACUUUACGCAGGUUAGGGGAUCUGAUUAAUGUUUCCUUUCCUUACAACAGCUAGAGAAAACAUCUCAUCACAGUUGGACACCUCUACUCCCUUCAAGCUUUCCUACUCAACAGUAGGAGAUAGUAAUAGGUCCAGCAAAGAAUGUCUACUGCUCUUAUACGUAGUGUGAAUAUAUAUCCAGAUUUCCCAGAAUUCAUAUUGACAAGGUGACUUUGGCGCUGGAAUUGUUUUAAUAUCUUUACUCAAAAAACAAAAACAAAAACCAACAGACAGAAACAACAAAAGAGUUAAACGUGAUGGUUUUAUUUUUGUAUGUUUAUAUGUCACUUGUGUGCUAUGUGAAUAGCUAUCUAUAAUAUGUUUGUUAUUUAAAUAUAUUUAUAGAAGUUCAAAUUACUAGUGUUUUAAAAGAUGAUAUGCUAUUAUAUGUUGUGCUUAGUAUAUAUUUGAUGAGUCUAUACUUUUAGCUUGAGAAAAAUAGAAAUACUGUUGAUUCACUGGUGUUACGAUGUUGCACUAUACUGUCUGCGGAAUGCUCAGGAAACCUUGUGGGAAAGAGUGGGGCAUGCAUUCAUAAUUUUUCUUUUUCUUCCCACCCCAAUCCCCCGAGCUCUUAGAUUUAGAUUUCUAUAUCUCACAUAAGUCACUCUCUUAAGCAGAAAAGGACUUUCAUCUUCGAUGAUCCUUUCUAUUAAAUAAACUUUAAGCUUUAUGCCAUUUAUGCCUGAAAACAUUAGACCAAAUGCAACACAACUAAUGUCAUCUUUUCAUUAAAGACUAAUAGAAAUUUAGGAAUUGUUGUGUUAAAGAGAGCUCAUAGAGAAACAGUAUGAAAGUCUUCCCCUACUAAUCACCAUGAAUAUUUCUUGCCAUAAAAAUAGCCACAACUCACCAAGUACCCAUGCUGGCCCUACCUACCCUAACAAACUGUUGACAUAACCUCUUCUGCUUUAUAGUUUCAAAGUGUGGCUUGACAUUCAAAUGGAAAUAACCACCUGAAUUAUAUCUGCAAAUAAAAUGGAAAUAGUUGUUGAAUAUUUACCCCAAGCUUUACUAAGAAGCCUUAAUACUUUGUAAACAAACAAACAAACAAACAAACAAAAAGCAACCUUAGCAUUAAAAAAAAAACACAUGAAGCAAGUUGUACUACUAGAAGCUUCUUUAAGAUAAGAGGCCAGGCCAAUCGGUUUGGCCCAGCAAACAUGUGGGUACUUCUCUACCUAGGGAAGCUACUGAAGAUGAGUCUGACCUGUGGUGCCCUGACAGAGGAAACAUUCAGGUCCUCAGGUUGGACUCUGAUGCCCUGGCUUGAGAGAGCCGUGAUUUAACCUUUCGGUCCUGGAAAUGAUCGAUUCCUUCAGUGAUUAGCCAACACCAGAAGGAGGAUUAUUUAGGAUUUGUAGUGUAAACAGUACUGAAGGAAAGACAAGUAACAAUAGAGGAAAUAACAGUGUGACACAAAGUACCCUCCACCUGUUUUUCUUUGGUUUGCAACACCAACCUGUAGACUUCCAGUUUUUCCUAAAUUGAAGAGCUCCAGAAACUUUUGAGCAGGGUUUGUGAAUACCUUUGAAUGCUUUCUGUUGGCUUUUCAUAAAGACAUGUUUCACCAACUUAAAGACAAAAAAGAUCCCUGGGAUUACUUAGCCAACUCUUAAAGUUAUUUUUCAAAGGCACGUCAAGAACGUUAGCCUAGAGUUUUGCUUUGUUAGUUAAAGCUUACUUUGCAGAACUUUCUGGGGUGAGAGUUACACUGAGCUGCUCAAUUUUGCGCCAGCCUUUCUGGAGCCCCAUCGUCUGCCCAUUCGUGUUUUUCCCCCUGUAAAUUCUGCUUUUGAUCAGGUUGUGCUAGAAAGUAGGGCUGCUUCUGUGAGUUCUCAGCUUAGGCUGUGGUCACCGAGAGGUGGGUGGGGGGAUAGACAGGAGUGAGAGGGAGAGUGGGUGACACGUUCCAUGAUAGUCAAUGUAGGAAAACAUGGACUUCUCUAUUUUGGCUUCGAGCCACUUUUCUGGUCCAAAGAGUAUUAGGAAAACCGGAUUGCUUUCAGUACACUUCUUGAGACUGGGUCACCUCUGAGACACAUUUGGGGUAGUUUCAUGGGGUCCCAUAGGGUCUUUGAGCCGUGGAGUGACAUAAAACCAUGGCUGCUCAGGAAGGAAGUGUGCUUAGCACACGUAGAUUCAAACCUGUGGCACCUGCUAAGGAUUAAGAUUCAGAGAGGACUCCUCUUUAGGGUAGUAAAGAGGACCUUUUCCCUCUAUUGUUAGCCUGCAGACCCAAAGUGGAGUCUGAGGUGAUGCCCUCACUGGUUGGUAUGUUGCCAGUAGACACGCUGAGGCCUGCAUUUGAAGGGCCUCUGUUGCUUUUAAGAAUUGUUGGUUUUGCCACAGCAGCUCAAAUCUUAGCAUAGGAUCAAAGGCCUAGAAAGACUCCUAAAGUGUGAGAUUACAAAGACUCCAGGAAGGGGAAGAAAGAGAAAGAGAUUGUGUUUGGAGUCAGAUUUCAAUGUGAAACCCAUGCCUUAUAUUUACAGAGCACUUUGUAGUUUGCAAAUUGGUGUUUUUUCAGCCCCCUUUGCUCCCCCACCCAUCCCGCUGCCCACGCUCCAUAUGAGAUGAUUGUGGAUUGUAACAGUGAAGUGCCUGGCCCAGAGCCUCCGGUGGUGACAUGGGAAUUUGAGUCUCAGGACUCCCAGCGGCCCCCUGCCCCUCCCUCCUCUCCACCCCCCACCUCACUUCACCUGUUACCUUGUGAAGUUGCUGUUGGCGCACAGCCCACUGAGGAACCAAGAAGUUUGACUUGGACUGAAUAUUUCCUCACACUGGGCUCAGCACAGGGCCGACCCUAGUGGCCGUUAAGCUAAAUUCUCCAUUUGAAACCUAAGGGCCCCUCUCUGUGCUUGAAUACAUUCUCUUUCUAAUGGACCUGCGGCAACCUGCUGGCGCCUGUCUAUGGAUUGGGGUUUAACCUAAUCAUGCUGUGUUUCCUUUUCUUUCCUUCUGUGCAUUAGAUGACUUGGGAGGUGCUGUGAGAUCCUUGGAUGGAAAAUGUAUAUUUAAAGAAAUGGAGAGUGUGUAUUUUGUUUGCCUUUUGAGGCAUGUGCUGUCAGAUGUCAGAGACCCAACUUAGUGAUGAGAGGUUGGUCCCCUGACCUUCUUCUCUUAAUUGCUUUUUAUGUAAUUAUGAUCUUUUCCUCAGGUAGCAUUCCAGCCACAAACAAUGUCACAGAGAUGAAACAGGUUCAAAGAAAAAUAUUUUGAAGUCUUUUGAAAAGAAGUGCUAUCCAAAUUUAAGCCAUGUUUAAAUUCACAGGCACAUUAACUCUUAGUAAGAAAGACAUUUUUUUUUUUUUUUUGAGAUGGAGUCUCUCUCUGUUGCCUAGGCUGGAGUGCAGUGGCGGGAUCUCGGCCCACUGCAACCUCUGCCUCCUGGGUUCAAGCGAUUCUCCUGCCUCCUGCUCAGCCUCCCGAGUAGCUGGGAUUACACGUAGCUAAUUUUUAUAUUUUUAAUAGAGACUGGGGUUUCACCAUGUUGCCCAGGCUGGUCUCAAACUCCUGACCUCAGGUGAUCCGCCUGCCUUUGCCUCCCAAAGUGCUGGGAUUACAGGCAUGAGCCACUGCACCCAGCCGACAGACAAUAUUUUGAUAUAGCCACAUAAAUGAUUGAGUAGUGUUAGGUACAGAAAAACUGCCAUAUGCACAUAAAGUUUUAGGGGGUAUUUCUUCUUCAGUCUAACAAGAAUAGGAUACCCAAUUUGGGUUUUUCAGUUUAUUUCUCUUCCAGCUUUUCUUAUACCUCACAGGAGAAAUUGAGUCCUAGCAGUGGGAGAUGACUGCCCUGCCUAGGGUUUUGUAAUACAUCAUUGAAAAAUCAAAGGCCCCGGGAGCCACGAUGGCUCGGGCCAGUUGUCCUGGCGCUUGAGGUUCAAGGCCAACCUGAGCAUCAUAAGAACCUCACAUUCAUUAACAAAAGAAAAAUAAAAGGCCCUGAAAUGAAAUUUUGCAGCCUGCAUGACAUGGACUGGGAAGGGGCAUAAUUUCUCCCCUCACAGAAAGCCACUAGUCUCCUUGAGAUAUUGAGUAGACACGUUUCUCUGUGGCGUGAGGCAGGAAGCAAUUCCCUUGCCUCUUCUGCACAUCUUAAUUCUUUCCCGUAUGACCCCAGAACCACAUAAAAAACUUUGAAAAUGGAUUCUUCGUCAAGAAGAGGUUUAUAUAUUUCUCUUGCUGUAAGGAGACUUCACUGAUCUGUAUUUUUUUUUUUAACCUUUAGCUCAAAUAAGAAGCAUGCCCCAUCAAAACAGUCAAUGCCGUGUAAUAAAACCAGGAGUUGUAAUCGCCAUGUAUUUUAAUAUGCUUGCAUGAUGGGAACGUAACUUUUAGCACUGCAUGGUGUUUGGGGGCCAGAUAUUAAUGUGGAAAUGAUAGCUUCGGUUUGUGCUUUCAUUCUGUGUCAGCUACCCCUCUAAACUGAAAAAAGAGGCAUGGCUCAUUUCUCUCCUGCUUCGUUUUUGAGGUUGACUUGUAAGAUAAAAAUAAACAUAAGAAAAACAAUCUAGUAAAAUAACAUAGGAAAAAAAAGUUGAAAUAUACUACUGGUGUUCAUUUUCUGCCCUGCCAUGUUGCUUUCUCAAAGAAAUAAACCUGUGGCUGGGAAGUGUUUAAUGGCUGAGUUUUGAUCUUCUGCAAAGGUUACAGUGCCCUCUGGUGGCAGUAAUCAAAAUCGCUUCCAGACUUGAUUUAUUUUUAAAUAAAAUAUCUCAUUUUAUUGGAAAUCUA